UGUAGGAAACAAAUAUUGGAUUCAAAUAAUUUUCAACGAGUAAUACUAGAGAAACCAUCAAUUUAAAUCAUAUUUUAUAAAUCAUACGUAGUUGUUGAUGAUUGAUUUAUUAUUUAAAUGUUAAUUAACAUGUUUAUUUUUAUUAGUGACACAUAUAAUGAUUUGUAAAUUACUAGAAAAAUUAAGCUAUCUAACAUUAUGAUUCGCAAAUUACUAAAAAAAUUAGGCUAUCAAACAUUACUCAUUCCCGAAAUAUAUAUAGAGAGAAAGAGUUGCAAUGCGAAAAACAAAUAACUUCUAGACCAAUCCAUGACCAGGUGGCCAAGCAAAGUCAAUAAAAAGAAAAGAAAAAAAAAUCACUACUAUUCAUGUACAACAAUGGUCACAUUUGUAAAUUUGUUCUUGUUAAAAAAGGGCAUAUUUGUAAAUUUAUAGCUUAGAUCAUAAAGUUUCCUCUCUUCUCAUCAGCUCAAUAUGUGGAACUGUAUAUAAAGCUUAUGUAAGCUUAUAAAAACAAAACAAGUUCAUUCAUGUGGACAUUUGCAUUGAAAAAACCAUAGAACCAGCAAUGAGGCCUUCAGCUGGAAACCCCACCACUGCAGCUACUGGCCACGACGCCAUAUUCAGAAACAGGAAUUCUCCGACUCCAUACCUCUUCGGAGGCCUAGCACCCAUGUUGGGGUUCGUCGCUGUAGCGUUGCUGAUUCUUGCUUGCUCCUUUCACAGAGCCUCCACCAGUUCAAGAAGCAGAAGUAGUGAUCAAGAUCAGAAACCAACUAGACCAGUGGACACAGAGGCUGGAGAUUAUGAACCCAAAAUUCUUGUCAUAAUGGCUGGAGAGAAAACACCAACAUACUUGGCAAACCCCAUCUCAUGCCCUACUAGUCUCUCUCAUGCACCGAUAUGAUCAUCAAAACAAAGUCGAGUUUUGGUUUGGUUUUUGUAGUUUAAUUCUAU